GCGAGAGACGACCAAUGCAAAUGGGAUGUUAUGGACUCGGUCUAUCACGUAUAGUAGCCGCAAUAGUUGAAACAUCUCAUGAUAAACACGGUAUCAUCUGGCCUUUCUCUGUUGCUCCGUACAGA